UGUGUAUUGUCUGUUUAUCAUGCCACAGCAAACAUCGGCAGGGUUAAAAUGAUGAAAAUGCAGUAUAGUGGAAUGCCACUCUUAAAAUUUCACUUUUGUGUAUCCUGAGGAUAUAGGCUUGUGUUUGAAGAGUACACUCGGGUUCUCACCCAGAGGUACCCAGACAUUCGCAUAGAGGGAGAAAACUUCUUGCCACAUCCCAUAUACAGGCAUACCGCUUCUUUCUUCUCUGUCUUUAAACUUGUAGUCAUUGGUUUAACUAUCCUGGGUAAAAAUCCUUUUGCAUUCUUCCGCAUGGAGGCUCCAGGGAUCUGGCUUUGGACACAGGAAAAUAAGAUAUAUGCCUGCAUGAUGGUGUUCUUUCUUAGCAACAUGAUUGAAAACCAGUGUAUGUCAACUGGUGCCUUUGAAAUCACACUGAAUGAUGUGCCUGUAUAGUCAAAGCUUCAGUCAGGCCACCUGCCCUCUAUGCAGCAACUGGUGCAGAUUCUGGAGAAUGAGAUGAAGUUGAGCACCCACUUGGACUAG